AUGUUAUUAUUCUGGCCAUGUAGUUGGAGUAUUGGUCUAGCUGCCCAGGCUGGUCAUCUUCCAGAUUUUUAUAUCCUCACCCUAUUUGGUAUUGGAGCGUUGUUAAUGAGAGGGGCUGGGUGUAUUGUUAAUGAUAUGUGGGAUAAAGAUUUUGAUAAAAUGGUUGAGAGAACAAAAACAAGACCAUUAGCAUCAGGAGAAUUGUCAAGUUUCGAGGCCCUGGUAUUUCUGGGUUCUCAGUUGAGUUUAGCUCUAGCUAUCUUACUACAGUUUAAUCUAUAUAGUAUAAUAUUAGGAGCAGCAUCAAUGGGUUUGGUUAUAUCUUAUCCUCUAGCUAAACGUUACACUUACUGGCCUCAAGUUCACCUAGGUCUAACGUUUAAUUAUGGUGUGUUGCUGGGUUGGUCAGCUGUAAACGGAAGUGUUGAUUGGCUAACUACUUUGCCGAUAUAUUUUGGAUGUUUAGCGUGGACUCUAGUUUAUGACACGAUUUACGCCCAUCAAGAUAAAUAUGAUGAUAUGUUAAUAGGAGUAAAAUCAACAGCGUUAAAACUAGGAGAUCAGACCAAACCUUGGUUAGUUGGUUUCUCAACCAUCACUAUAGCUGGUAUUACCACGUCUGGCUAUCUUUGUCAUCAAACAUGGCCGUUCUAUCUCGGUGUUGGUGCCAUGGCAACACAUCUUGCUCAUCAGAUAUACACAGUAGACUUGAACAAUCCAGACAGUUGUGCCAGUAAAUUUCGAUCUAAUAACCAGCUGGGCUUGAUGAUGUUUCUAGGAAUAGUGCUGGGUAACUUAUAUAAAACAGAAAACAAGGAAGAAGAUGAUGUUGAAGAAAAUACAUUUUGA